CUUCGGAAUCAAAACAAAGUUGUCGAGCAUCACGGAACUCUGACAGCCCACUUGAAACCCGACUUGCAACCUCGUCGCAAACAUACGAAACCCUCCAAACCAAUCCCAAAAUCGCAUCGAACUACAGCGCAAUGGCUUCAAUGUUUGAGCCCUCGAUGUCGUCGAGCCUGAGCCGGCAGCUACCAAUGUCGGCCACAGCCCCGUCCAUGGCAGACUCGCUGCCAAGCAUCAACUUCGGCUUCGACGAGCUGCGCGACCGCAUGGCCAAAUUUAGCGCCCGGUUCGAUACCUUUAUCGAACAAGGACGGAAGCGUGUCCUAGAGGAGCGCAACCAGUUCCGCAUGAGUAUAGCCGAACUUCAAGAGGACCAGCGGAUGAAGAAGAAGGACAUGGAGAUUUUACAGCUCAGGACCAACGCCCACCAGCAGACCAUCGCCAAGGAAGCCGCCGAGAAGCGCGAGAUGCAAGCGGCCAUCGCCUCGCUAACGGAGCAACGAAAUAAGAACAUGGCGUCACGCGAUGAACUGAAGAAGCAGAUCGAGACCACACAGAAGGAGAUCGACGCACGGUUGGCGGCUCAGCGCGCGCAUGCCCAGCAUAUCGAGGCGCAAGCGCGGUUCAAUGGGCCGGAGCUGGACUUCUGGAUCUCUAAUUUGUGUCUGACGAUUGAAGGGGCUGGGAAGACGGAUAGGCUGAAAUUCGUCUAUACACAUAUUGACGAGAGGGACUGGGAGCGUGAGGCCUGGUUCGAAUUGAGUACGUCAUCUAGAGAUUACGAUGUCCGACAUUGUAGGCCAAAGCUAGAGAGGGAGAAGGUGGAACGGGUGUUGGAACGAGUGAACGAAUCGAGAGAACUUGUUACGCUGCUGAAGGGCAUGAGGGAGCUUUUUGUCGAAGCCGUGAAGCAGUGAGGGGGAAUUGGAUUCACGGGAGGCGUUCACAAGAUACCAGUAUGCUUUCUCCAUGCGAUGCUGCAUUUUACACGAAUAGAGCAUUGAUCGAUCAUCUUCAUGAUGUACCUGACUGUGUUUCAACCC